AAGGAAGCAAGAAUAAUGAUCCCCGAGUUCGACGGAACCUCGCGACAUAAACUGCAAGAAUUUUUAAACGCGUGUAAAUACGCCGUUCAGAAUAUAAAUCCCGCGGACGAAGAAUCGUUAAUUCAAGUAAUCUUAUUUAUAAAAUUAAAAGGGAAAGCGAUGCAGGAUUUUGAGACGCGAGAUAUACAAACGUUCGACGAAUUAAAACAUCAACUUGAAACUUGUUACCAAUCUAAACAAAGUACUACGCACUUACAAAUCGAGUUCAAUUCAUUAAGACAAAAAUCAAAUGAAACCGCGUAUGCUUUCGGACAACGCGUUGAGUUACUAGCAAUGAAAUUGUACGAUGCUAUGAUUGAAGGAGAAGAGGACUUCUCACUAUCAAAACGCACGAUUCAACACACGAUUAAAAAACAGGCGUUAAUAAAUUUUCAAAUUGGAUUACGCGACGAAUUAAAGGUACUCGUACGCGCGCGACGAUAUACAACGCUCCAAGAAGCGAUCACGGGCGCGAGCGCUGAAGAAAAACUUAUCGGACCAACGGCAAGAAUAAGCAACUUCCCGAAUAAAAAUAAAUACGAAUCAAGCAAUUCGCGACAGAUUCGAAAUUCGACUCCGCAAUGCUUUAAAUGUGGAAAAAACGGACAUUACGGACGCGAUUGUCGAAGUAAUCGAUACGCGCUUCCUAAACCGGAAAAAUCCUCGCGGAUAAAUGCAAUAAAUAAAUAUUGCAAACAUUGUAAAAAAUCCGGACACACCCGCGACGAAUGCUGGAGUUUGAACGGUAACCAGAAAAAACGCGAAGAAAAUACACACGACCGAAAGAAUCCGCGACAACAAAAGCGAGAUUCCGAGUCCGACGGUAACAGUAGCGAAGAUGAUAAAAGCGAAUCUAAAAAGAAACAACCGCGACCUGCGUCCGAAUAUCACGUUACGCAUAUUAAAGAUACGCCGAGCACACAGAAGAAGACGGAUUUAUUGUUAAUAACACUACCCAUGCGACAAGCAAAGGAUGAAAAAUUACGGAUGUUGUGCGAUUCAGGAUCAACCAUCUCGUUAAUAAAAUUAAAACAAUUAAAGGGCGAUACCCUCAUAUAUGAGGAUAAAAUCGCGCUCACAGGCAUAACCGGGCAUAAGGUACACACCAUCGGAAAAAUGUACGCUACAAUUAAAGUAGAUGGACAUAAAAUAGAACAUGCAUUUUACGUAGUAAAAGAUGACAUUCCGAUCGAAUACGAAGGGAUUCUAGGGAUUGAUUUCCUCCGACAACACUCAGUAUCCUGCGACUACAAACAAAAUCAACUAAAAAUAGGAGACGCCGUGCUCAAAUUCCAUUCAUUUAAUAAAACCAUUCUAAAACCGCGCAGCAAAACCAUCGUAAAAGCGACAACGAAUCAAAAUAGGAUAGGAGUAGUACGAGCAGAAGAAACAGCCCCAGGAAUCUAUAUCGGAAAUUGUCUAGUAGCACCUAAAGAUCACGCAUGCCCCGUUAGUGUAAUGAAUACGACCGAUACAGAAGUCGAGAUACAAACGCCACAUGUUGUUAUCGAAGAUGUAGAAUAG